GCUACGAUAUAAUUUUCUCAAAAGUUGCUUUUCGCUUCGUCCAUUCUAAUAACUUCCGUUUUUUUAAUUAAAUUAAUAUUUGGUACUAUAAACACUAGACAAACGUAGACCAUUGUUACCAUCGACGCCUUCUUUUAAAGCAUUAACCUGAACCAUUCAAAUAGAAGGAGUGUUUCAACGACGCUAUAUUGCUUAUUAGGGUUGUACGCGACUGAGAUAGGGUUCUUUGCAGAACGACAUUGGAAAAGCAAGGAAGAAAUUUGCGCGUACCCGCAAAACGGAAGCCCCGAAAAGCAUUCCACACAUGUGAAACCGGGAAAGAGAGACCUUCACAAGAAAUCAAUAUCUAAAGAUAACUACUUAAAGAAAUGGCUCUAAACAUCACCACAGCCUUCCCGCUCGUCAACUUGACAACCAAGCCACCCAACUUGGUACCCCCACCAGACAAUGACCAGGCUUCCCUUGUUUCGGCGUGCGUCUUCUACACUAUCGUAGCCUUUUUCUCCGUCUUUGGGAACAUCAUGGUCAUCGUCGCCUUCUUCAUGAAUGACAAGUUACGAACUGUGACGAAUUACUUUGUGGUCGGUCUGGCGGCCGCCGAUAUAUUGGUUGGCGCAGUGUCAAUCCCGAUGUGGAUGUAUAUACUGGUUAAUACCGGCUCCCGAGCGCUAUUGACGGUAUACAACGUCUUUGACAUUUUUGCUGGGAUCUCGUCGAUAUUGCAUUUGAUGGCCAUAAGUGUGGAGAGAUAUUUCUGCGUGGGCUGGGCUAUCAAACACCGCAACACCCCAAAGUACGUCUACUACAUCGGUCUGCUAUUUGUUUGGAGCAUCUCAGCCCUAGUCGCCUGCAUUCGCCCCAUGGCUCCAAACUUCCGCCAAAUGGAUCUCAGCCUCCUCAUCUUCGUUGUUUUCUUCACCCUUCCUCUGGUGGUCAUCAUUCUUAGCUACGCUGCCAUAUGGAAAAUCGCCGUCACCAGAAUGAGUAACAACCCCACUAAGAGAUCCUUAAAGAGGGAAAUACGUACAGCUAUAACAAUCGCCUUUGUCAUCGGCUUUUUCUUCAUCGCCUGGUCUCCGUUUUUUGUUAUCAACUUGACCUACGUGUUCUGUCCAACGUGCCCAUAUUCUAUGAAGCUGUUUAUGUUCUUCAAGUUCCUUCAUUAUAGUAACAGUGCUGUUAAUCCAGUUGUGUAUGGGGUUCGUAUUCCUGAGUUUAGAAAGACUUUUAAGUUCAUAUUCAGGCAGAUGUGUGGACGCUGUAUUUCUUUUGGAAGGCACUGAGCUCGAUUUACCAGAAUGUACUUCGGGCAUCUCUUAAAAGGGGAACAUUUGUAGACUAUCGCGUAUGUUGCUCACAAUCCUGGAUUGGACAGGCUUUUAAGUUGAUCAGGCAGAUGUGCGACGAUGUACUUCCUUUGGAAGGCACUAAGCACUACUCCCCAUAAUGUAUUUCGUGCAUCUGUUACAAGGGAAAUAUUUCGCGACUAUCGCGUAUGGCGCUCACAAUCCUGAAUUGGGAAGGCUUGAAGUUGAUCAGGCAGAUGUGAAGACGAUUUUUUCUUAUUAAAGGCACUGUUUCUUGAAUAACAGGUCGAUAAGGACUUUCAGACAAUGUUUGACUCUUAAAGGGAACCCGAGAAUAAUCACCUAACAUGCACAGGUAUCCCUUAAAAAGGACAACACAGUGUUAUUGUCAGCCACAACAUUGUUAUUGUUUUUAUUUAAUAUUUGAAGGAACAAUAUGUGCUAAAAUUUCAAUAACCAUCUGAAAGCAGAGUCUGAGACUUUAUCUACCAAAUUAAAAAAAAUAUAUCGCAUUGGCUUCCGCAAAAACAGCCAACAGAAAUGGAUGCUUUUCACACUUUGGUACUUUGCUAGGAUGACAAAAUGGCGGCUGGCAGAGGCUGUUUAAGUAAUCAUCUGAGGAGGCAUCGUAGUAAUAUAAGUGGCGGAAAGGGAGACUUUUUCAAAAUUGUUUUUAAGGUUGUGAUCAUGAAUCACCCUAGAUCUACUUCAUGCUAAUACCUGGUCGUAAAAUCAAAGGGCACUGACGGCCAACCAAUAAGGAUGGACGUAUUUUUCCUUAGAAAUAGAGCGAUACAUUUGUAGAAUUCCAUGACUGUGGUUGUAUCUGUAUGCGAACUAAAAAAACAUUCAGGGGGAAUUUAACAUCUCUAUGAAUAUGGAAAACAAGAAACUAAGAAGACGCAUUGUCUUCUAGAUAAUUGUACGUGCGUCUGCCGCCGCCUUGAGACCACGAUCAGAAGACCACGUGCGGUUUAACCUCAAAAUUUAAAAUUAAUGCGGCAGCAAAAUCGACAAAAGACACUAGUAAAAGGUGAAUAUUUCUUUUUUAUUCCUGUAAUUCCCUAAGUAUAAUAAUAUGAUUAUGAUAAUAUCAUAAUAUAAUAUGUUGCGUGGGUAUAAAUAUAAUCAAAGUUAUCAUCGUGUGUCCCUAUCACAAAAAGCCAGUCGUCCUGUA